GACCGUCGUUCGCAGUCUCGACGCACCACAAGCAGCACCACCGCGCCGCCAGUCGCCGCUAGCAACGCACAUCACUUUCACCAGAGUCACUGCCACUGCUAGCCAUGCAGUCCCAGGGCAUCCUCGGCGUCCCCGGUCACCUUCCGGCACCACUGCGCCUCUCGCGCCGGCAAUGCCGGGUGUCCGCCGUGGCGGUGACAGCGGCGCCGCCGUCGUUGGCGCAGCGCGGCGUGACGCACUCGAUGCCGCCAGAAAAGCAGGAGGUGUUCCGGUCGCUGCAGGGCUGGGCAGCAGGGUCGCUGCUCCCCCUCCUCAAGCCCGUGGACGACUGCUGGCAGCCAACAGACUUCCUGCCGGACUCCUCCUCCGACGCCUUCGAGCACGAGGUCCGCGAGCUCCGCUCCCGCGCCGCGGCUCUGCCCGACGACUACUUCGUGGUCCUGGUCGGCGACAUGGUCACGGAGGAGGCGCUCCCGACCUACCAGACCAUGAUCAACACCCUGGACGGCGUGCGCGACGAGACGGGCGCCAGCGCGUGCCCCUGGGCGGUCUGGACGCGCGCCUGGACCGCCGAGGAGAACCGCCACGGCGACGUGCUCAACAAGUACAUGUACCUCUCCGGCCGCGUCGACAUGCGCGCCGUCGAGACAACCAUCCAACACCUCAUCGGCUCCGGCAUGGACCCCAGGACCGAGAACAACCCCUACCUCGGCUUCGUCUACACCAGCUUCCAGGAGCGCGCCACCGCCGUCUCCCACGGCAACACCGCGCGCCUCGCCCGCGCGCGCGGCGACGGCGUCCUCGCCCGCGUCUGCGGCACCAUCGCCGCCGACGAGAAGCGCCACGAGACGGCCUACGCGCGCAUCGUCGACCAGCUGCUGCGGCUCGACCCGGACGGCGCCGUGCUCGCCGUCGCCGACAUGAUGCGCAAGCGCAUCACCAUGCCCGCGCACCUCAUGCACGACGGCCGCGACGUGGACCUGUUCGACCAUUUCGCGUCCGUCGCGCAGCGCCUCGGGGUGUACACGGCGCGGGACUACGCCGACAUUGUCGAGCACCUCGUCAAGCGCUGGAAGCUGGACACGCUCGAGGCCGGGCUCUCCGGCGAGGGACGCAGGGCACGGGACUUCGUCUGCGGGCUUGCCCCCAGGAUGCGGCGCGCGGCGGAGAGGGCCGCCGACAGGGCCAAGAAGGAUGAGCCCACCAAGGUCAAAUUCAGCUGGAUCUAUGACAGGGAAGUGGUUUUGUAGUAGUGUACGGUCUCACUUCUGAGAGACAGAGAUGAUCAUGGCAAGUCGUUGUCUGUGUUCUUAUGCUAUUUUUUCGUUUCUUUGCAAAGUUAGUUCACAGUGCCUUUUGGGACGAAUGUUAUAAUUCAAAAUCUUUACAAAGAUGUCUUCGCUUUCAA